AUGCCUACUAAAAAGCGAUCACAGUCUUUGCAAUCUCCAAAGGGGGUAGAAACCUUGAUCCAUAAUCGAGAAGCAGUAGUUGCCGACAUUUUAAGGUUAAAGGCAAACUUACUAGAAGGCAAUGUUGCAAAAAGUCCUAGUGAGCUAGAGUGUAGAUUGGAAAUACUUGACUCGUACAUUGACAAAGCGAUGCAAUACCAGAGCAAAAUAUUUGACCUGGAUCCUACUGAUGACUAUAGGGCUGUUUUAGAAGAUAUUUGUGUUUCAACUAAAUCCUUGUUUUUACAAAAGUUGAAAAAGCAUCGCUUUGUUAGCGCCCCUGCAAUCUCGCACCACUGUGGUCGACCGCAAUCGAAGUUGCCAAGCAUGCGACUACCAAAAUUCAGCGGCAAAUACUGUGAUUAUAAAAAUUUCAUUAGUUUGUUUGAAAGCCUUGUUCAUAGUGAUGAAACUCUUACGGACAUUGAAAAAUUCAACCAUUUACUGUCAUGUUUGUCAGAUGAAGCUCUUGGUACUGUGAAGGCCUUUCAAGUCACUGAGAGGAAUUACCCAAAAGCGUUAGCCAGUCUUAGGAAGGUGUACGACAACAAUUGUCUCAUUUUUUCCGACAAUAUUAGUAAGCUUUUCGAUCUCCCAGUAAUUCACAAACCGUCUGCUGCAUCUUUGCGCACUACAAUUGACACUGUGUCUGCCAUCUAUGAUUCCCUUCUUUCAAUAGGAGAUGAUAAGAAUAUCACCAAUGCAAUUCUUAUUCAUUUAGUCAUGCAAAAGGUGGAUUCAGUCACAAAAUCAAAAUGGGAAGAACAGCUGGACUACAACACUUUGCCAUUAUGGAGUGACUGUGAAGCAGCUCUUAAUAAAAGGUUCCAACAUCUAUCAGCGGACGAGACCUCUUCUACAAAGCAUAAAAAAUCAGUGCCAGAGUGUGACCAAAAACCCGGUGUUAAACGGGACAAACGCAGCUUUAAAUCCUCCUUUGUCUGCAACAAGCUGAAUCAAUCCAAUGAUCCCAAAUGCGUAUAUUCAUGUAAAUCAUCACGUUGCAGAGUGUGUGCGGGACAACAUCACACACUACUGCACAAAUACACUCCAAUUAUCCCUCACGCAACUGCAAGUUCUGAUUCCGAUCGCGUUUUUGUAAAUCAUAGUGCUACUAAUUGCGACCAGGUAAUUUUGGCGACAGCACUAGUUACUGUAAAGAGUAAGUCUGGAGAGUACCGAACAGCCAGAGCCUUACUUGAUUCCGGUUCUCAAACAAAUUUCAUGACCGAGGAGCUUGCACAACUAUUGCAGUUAAGAAGGGAAGAUGGAUGCCUUAAUUUAAUUGGAAUUGGUAAGAUAAAUACCACAGUUAAGCAUAAGUUACAUGCGACUGUGAGAUCGCGAGUCAAUUCUCAUGAAUUCUCAGCCGAUUUUUGGGUAUUGCGAACAAUAUCCACCUACCAACCAAAUCAUAAUAUAUCUACCGCCAGUUGGAAGAUUCCGGCAAACAUUGAGCUUGCUGAUCCAUAUUUCUACAAGUCACAAAGAAUUGAUCUUCUUCUUGGUGCUGAAACGUUUUUCGAACUUCUAUCAGUCGGACAAAUAAAACAAAGUCCGAAUCUCCCCACGCUGCAGAAAACAUUACUUGGCUGGACUGUGUCUGGAAAAUAUCAAAGCAAUAGAAAUGUUGAGCCCCAUGCUAAUGCCUUAACUGUUUCACAAGAUGAUGACACUGUAGUUAGCUCAUUGUUGCAAAAAUUUUGGGAACUUGAAGAAAUUCCCAAUAGUGAAAAAACCGCCACGCUCAUACCUGAGCACAAACUUUGCGAGGAUAAAUUCUUGUCGUCAGUGCAACGCUUACCAUCGGGGCGAUUCAAAGUUUCUCUUCCUUUCAAGUCUGAUUCCAGCAACCUUGGGCUAUCAUUUGAGACAGCUAAGCGUCGUUUCUUGUCACUAGAGCGUAGACUUUCUAAAGAUGCUGCUCUGCAUGAUUUAUAUAUGGACUUUAUGAAAGAAUACGUAAAUCUAGGUCACAUGUCUUUAUCAACUCGCAACUUCUCUGUAUCUCCCCACUACUUCAUACCACAUCAGUGCGUAUUAAGACCACAAAGUACAUCGACAAAACUUCGUGUAGUCUUCGAUGCUUUUUCGAGAACAUCAACUCAACUGUCAUUAAACGACAUAUUACUGGUGGGUCCGACGAUACAAGAAGAAUUGUACACAACGUUGCUCCGUUUCCGUAUGCAUAAAUAUGCAUUAACUGCUGACAUUACUAAAAUGUACCGUCAAGUUUUGAUUGACGAGGCAGAUCGCGACUUUCAACUCAUUCUGUGGAGGGAAAGUCCAAACGAAGAAUUGAAGACUUACCAAUUGAACACUGUGACAUACGGAACAUCCUCUGCACCAUUUUUAGCAACUCGAUGUUUACGCCAUCUAAGUGAUCUCAAUCAAUCAACGCUUCCAAUUGGUUCCAAUGUAGUCGUAUAUGAUUUAAUAGGCUAUUAA